AUGGGUUCGGGAAGCAGAAGCUAUUCUGCGAAUCCCAGCGAUUACAAGCUUCUAGAGGAAGUAGGUUACGGUGCAAGCGCGACGGUUUAUCACGCAGUUUACAUCCCUUACAACGAGGAAGUAGCAGUGAAAUCUCUCGAUCUAGAUCGAUGCAACUCCAAUUUCGACGAUAUUCGAAAGGAAGCGCAGAUCAUGAGCUUAAUUGAUCACCGAAACGUGGUGAAAUCGUAUUGUUCGUUUGUUGUUGAUCAUAAGCUUUGGGUUAUUAUGCCGUUCAUGGCGCAGGGUUCUUGUUUGCAUCUAAUGAAAGCUGCUUAUCCUGAUGGACUUGAAGAAGAUGCUAUUGGAUCGAUUCUUAAGGAGACGCUUAAGGCGUUGGAUUAUCUUCAUCAGCAUGGGCACAUUCAUCGGGAUGUUAAGGCUGGUAAUAUUUUGCUUGAUACUAAUGGUGAAGUCAAACUUUCUGACUUCGGUGUUUCCGCUUCUAUGUUUGAUACUGGUGAUCGGCAGCGGUCGAGAAAUACUUUCGUUGGUACUCCUUGCUGGAUGGCGCCGGAGGUGCUGCAACCUGGUACUGGUUAUAAUUUCAAGGCUGAUAUUUGGUCUUUUGGAAUUACUGCACUGGAGUUGGCUCAUGGUCAUGCACCUUUCUCUAAGUAUCCUCCAAUGAAGGUUUUACUCAUGACCAUACAGAAUGCGCCUCCUGGUCUUGAUUACGAUCGUGAUAAAAAGUUCUCGAAGUCUUUUAAGGAAAUGGUUGCUAUGUGCCUGGUAAAAGAUCAAACAAAGAGGCCGUCCGUGGACAAGUUACUGAAACACUCCUUCUUCAAACAAGCCAAGCCUCCGGAGCUUUCUGUGAAGAAAUUAUUCGCUGAUUUACCACCACUUUGGACUCGUGUUAAAGCCCUCCAGCUUAAAGAUGCAGCUCAACUAGCACUGAAGAGAAUGCCUUCUGCAGAACAAGAAGCAAUAUCUCAGAGUGAAUAUAAGCGAGGAGUUAGUGCAUGGAACUUCGAUGUUGAAGAUUUGAAAGCUCAAGCUUCAUUGGUGCAGGAUGAAGAUGAUAUUGCAGAGAUAACAGAAGAAGAUGAAAACAAGUUCUUCAGCUCUAACAGGGAUGCAAGUGAUUCUCAAUCCAGCGUGGACAAGAGAAAUUCAGAUAACUCACAACAAGACGAGUCCACGUUACAAGUGGGUGGUAACGACGUACCACACAAUGAUAAAAUAAAUGGAUUGGUUGCUGAGGCAACAGAGUCUACUUCAGAAAAGGACGUGGGAACAAGCAAAAUCAAAACUCAGGCAGUUAAAGCUGGUAAAACCCAAAGUGGGCCGCUGGUGCCUGGCACAGUGCUUGGUCAUUAUUUACCCGAAAGAGGACGUCUAUUUGAAAGCUAUGCUCAAUCUUGUCUGUCCAUUCUGAUAUACAUUGCUCCAAGAACAGCUGGCGUCUGUCAGAUUUGGUUGUGGUGGCCGGUGGGAGCAUAG